AUCCCAAUCGGCACGGAAAGCCGGCGGCCACGCACCCACCGCCCGCACGCACAUUUCCUCUAGCUAGCCUCAGCGGGAGUUCGCGCCGGACGAGUGGCCAUGUGCGGGAGCGGGAGCGAGAGGGGUCAUGGCGGGGAGGAGCUUGGGAGCGGCGCGCUGUCGCGUGGGGAAGACGCCGGAUGGGAUCGAGGCCCGGAGCUCGUGCGGUGGGAGCCGGGAGGCUGGCCGGCGGCGCGCGCACUGGAUGUGAGGCCGCCGGCGGGCUGCGAGUGCUGGAGGGUGCGAGCGCCGGCGGCGAGGGCGGGUGGCGUUGGACAGCGGCGGGGUGCUCCGGGGAGGCGGCAGGGCGCGGAGCAUUCCCGGCAGCGAGGAAAAAGGGCGCUGUUGGGCUCGUAGGCUGUAUGGGCUGAACGGGCUUUUCUUGGGCUUGGCCUAAAAGUUUUUGUGGCAAAAGCUUUUCGGCCUAAGCUUAUAUAGCCCACGGCCGCCCAUUCAGAAUCAGAAAAAAAACAACGGUCUUCUUCUGUCGAGCUCUUCCCCGCCGCGAGCUGCUCCGGCUCAAGCUCUCCGUCCAACUUCUCCAGAGCAGAGAUGGAUGACACGGGAUGCGAGUACCGUCAAGCUAGGAUACUCUUUAGCAUCUUGUUCACGGUGGCCCCGGAGGUCGCUCAUGACCCCAAUUUGGGGAAUCGGUCGGUGUUUGUGACGGGAGUGACGCGAAUCACGACUGUCAAUGAUCUUAUCAAGUUGUUUCCACUCAGUACGGACGGUGUGGCGGCAGCUGUCGUCCGUGAUUUCGACACCGGCGAGCGCGCCGGCUUGGUGGUGCUCGCCAACGAGGCCGACUGCGACGAGGCUAUUGCCAGUCCAGUGGUUAAAUGUCUCAAGGCUCGAGAUGUGCUGAUGGCCCACCCAGGGUUGCUUGCUGAUGCGGCAGAGGAUCAUGCUGGAAGGAGUGCUACUGCAGCUCGAAUUCAGUCAUUAAUUCCAGCCGCUUACGUGGAGGAAGACAGUUUGGUCCAUCUGCGCUGCCUGUUUCUGAUCGGGGAGUACAAACUGAAAGAUCUGGAUGAGGAGCCGCUGCUGGCGAAAGUAAGCGUCUGUGCCAUCGUCACGUUCAAGGAGCUUGCCGUCCUUGUGUAUGAAGACGCAGUCACUGCCGAAAAGGUGGCCAGGAGCUUGGCAGAGAGCGGCCAAUUUAGGAUCUAUGACUCGACCAUGUUCCCCUUGAGGGACAUGGCUGGAGCAGCUGCCGGCGACCACCAGCUGCGAGGUAUCAUCCCCAGCUGCUUCACCCAGCCAGAGUACUUGGGACGUAUUGUGCUGUUCAAAGGACUGAACACAGAGAACUGGGAUGCUCGCGAUGUCGCCCGCUAUGUCAACAAUGGAAUGGGGGGCCUCGAGGCUUUGAUCCUCCACCGGAGUCAGGACUUGGUUUUUGGUGUGUUCAGUAAUACACGUAAUGCUCGCCUUCAGCUGCGUGAGACAGAAGAGACAUGGAUCAGUAUCUUUGGACUGCCGCUGACCUGUGAGAUCCUGGACGAUGAUGAGCUUUUUGCCCCACAGGAUGAACCUGUCGUCGCGCAGCAUCCCAUGGCGCAGAACGAGCCUUUGGUUGCGCGGGAUGAGGAGGACGAGCAGGAGCUCGUGGCGCAGAACGAGCCUUUGGUUGCGCCGGAUGAGGAGGACGAGCAGGAGCUCGUGGCGCAGAACGAGCCUUUGGUUGCGCCGGAUGAGGAGGGCGAGCAGGAGCUCGUGGUGCAGAACGAGCCUUUCGUUGCGCCGGAUGAGAAGGAGCUCGCCGAGGAGGACGAGCAGGAGCUCGUCCUGCAGAACGAGCCUUUCGUUGCGCCGGAUGAGAAGGAGCUCGCCGAGGAGUACGAGCAGCAGCUCGACAUCCCUGCAUGUAGAAUUAACACACAAGUGCUCCGCCUGUCUACCGAGCUUGUAAAGUCCCGGAUCAACAGGGAUAUUAAGGCCUGUGCACCUGAUGAGGUCGAGAGGAUUGCUGAGGGCCUCAUCGAGUUGACUGUUUUUUCCCAGCCGUUCGCUGUCCGAUACAGCGAUUUCCCGGACAGGGCUGUGCUCCUGCUAGGGAUUCAGCCUGACAGGAGGGAGGAUCAGCUUGGCGCAGCAUUGAGGGCAUACGCUGGGCCUCAUGCCCUCGCUUUCUCUUUUGAGCAAGGUGCCGCUCUGGUUCUUUUCGAGAAGUUGAGCUCGGCCUCCGAGUUUAUGCAGAAUCGCCUCCGGAGCUGCUGGAGCCUUGACGUUGGCAACUGCCAGCGAGUGCCUGGAGCUGAGCGUUCCGCAGAGAUAGCAGACAAGGUAUAUGCAGAGCUGGACCUGUUGUACGAUACGCUUAUGAGAUGCGUGAACUUCGGGCUGUGACCUGUUAGAGUUUCAGCUAUUAUCCGUCCAUUCUCUACCUGUUACAGGAUUGCAGAGGUUGACCCAGAACUCGAUUAGGUGUAGAUUUGAGCUGUGACAUGUUGGAGUUUCAGCUAUCCAACGUCCAUUCUCUACUGUUGUAGUUACAGGAUUGCAGAGGUUCACCAGAACUCUAUUAGGUGUAGAUUUGAGCUGUGACCUGGUAGACCUUCAGCUAUUCUCUGUCCAUUCUAUACUGCUGCAGUUACAGGAUUGCAGAGGUUCACCAGAACUCCAUUAGUUGUAGAUUUUCAUCUUCUUUACCAUCUCUGAAACAAAGUGUACAAUGAUACCGAUACACAUUCUGCUGAUACAGUGUAAAUUGCUUGUUCAUUUUUCCAUGUCUGCCAAACUCGAUUGAGGUGCAUAUUUGUCUCUUUUA